UAUUUUGUUGUCGCUGUUUGAUGACGUAGCAAACGUCAGUGACCGUGAGCUGUUUGCUGACAUGCUGGACGGGAAAGAAGCGUGCUGACAACCAAAAUGAUGAAUUUAGCCGCUUUAGUGCACAGCCUCAGAUGCUCUUUGCUACACAUUGAAAGCAGACUUCUGCAGGCGGCCGGACUAGACAGACAACUGGCUCCAGCGCUGGCAGUGAGUGGCCCCAGCCUCCUGCCUCAGCUCACCGGGGAGGAGGAACGUGGUGAGGAGCAGCAGGGCCCGGAGCAGCCUCCCGGCGUCCUCGACGGCAUCCUGUGGAUGGCAGCACCGAAGAAGAGACGUACUAUAGAGAUCAACCGCACCAGGAGGAGAGCGGACAGCAAACUCCUAAAAGUCCAGCCCAACAUCGAGCCUUGUCCAGAGUGUGGCCACUUGAAGCAGAAACAUAUCAUGUGUGGCUUCUGUUACGCAAAGGUUUGCAGGGAGACGGCUGUGAUUCGUCAACAGAUAAAAGAUAUGGAAGGCGGCCCCCUGAAGGCCCCGACUGUGGAGACUGUCGUCCUGUACGAGGGUGAAACACCAAGUCAGCAGGACAAGGACAAGAGGAUUGUGGAGAGACCAAGGAAGAGGCCUGCCUGGUUCAGCUACUGAAGCCAAGAUAUUAAUGCUGUGUGUGAUACAUACCUUGAGUUUGACACAGGUCUGGUCAGACACGGAUUCUUUUUAUUAUGUAGUAAACAGCAUAUUUUAUCCAGUCUGUUAUUCAGUAAAUGGGGAGGCUUAUUUAUCAGUUUUGCUUCCACAAACCACUAACAUAAAGGGAUUGUUUGAUCAGCACUGAUACCAGGAACCGUGAUAAAUACAGGCGCAUCAGACUUACGUUAUGUCUGUGAACAUACUCU